AUGGCCGCAGAAGGGUUCCAGGUUCGCAAGGACUUGGCGCCGGCUGGUCGCAGUCGAGUGAGUAAAAAACAUAAUACGGGCAUGUCUACGGACUUUGUUCCCUCGCAUCAUUGGUACUUUCCGACAGCUUCGGAUUACAUCGGGAAAUCCAUGAAUGCUGUUCAGUCCUUAUUAUUACUCGAAAUUGCUCGAGAAGCGGAAGAACCAUGGAGCGCCGGGGGUACAAAGGGUGUAGUACGAAAACAGCAAGCUUGCUCCGGAGUGCAGAGUGCGCUGGGCCGCGAUUUCAUAAUCCACAUGGCGAUUAACGAGAUGUGUCGCGAUAAUCCGACGAUCUCAGUAACCCAAACGAGCGUCGACAUAUUAUACGUCUCCCAGUCGUGUUUCGCGGCACCAAAAGAAGACCCAUUCGAUCGGACAGGUUGCUCGCCAGGAAGUAAUUUCGGUGGUUUUCCUAUCGACAGAACAACAGGUACCUUUCAUACGCCUGAUGCUAAUUACUACGCAAGUGCGGGCCAGCGGCUUGUCGUUAACCAUUAACUUUUGAAUGUGGGCGCGGUCAGUACUUACCUUCUGAGUCAGUGAAAAUCAAAAUCAGGGAUCGAAGGACUCUCGGGCAUGAUGUGAUUGAGGUGGCGCGUGAUACUAUAACAUCUCGACACUCUCAAGCGCGGCUUCGUUCAUGAUGAUUC